AUGGACCAACCACCAGCCCAGGCUAGUACCGGCGGACGAUUACUGAAUACUUUUCUCAACCGCCCAAUUGAAAAUCACAUAUCCGGAUGGUCGGAUCUCUGGGAUUCCGGAGAAAGUGGCCUGUGGGAUCGAGGCAAGGCUUCGCCGGCGCUGGUCGAUCUGAUCGAACGGGAGGAUACGUCUUCUUUUUUUGAUCCAUUCACUCAGGAUGGCAGACGUAAGAAGGCACUGGUACCUGGCUGUGGUCGUGGAUAUGAUGCGGUGAUGCUUGCGCUGCAUGGCUUCGACGUGGUAGGGUUGGAGGUCUCCGAGACGGCUGUCAGGGAGGCCGAGAUAUAUGCCGCGGGCGAACUGUCUCGUCCUUCUUCGUGUCACUUUGGAGAGGGGUAUUGUGCACCCUCGAGCAAAGGUUCGGUCCGGUUUGAACUGGGCGAUUUUUUGAACCCUCGUUGGCCUCGUGGAGACGAGUCCGACCAGAUUGAUGGAUUCGAUCUUGUGUAUGACUAUACUGUAAGUCUGGCACAUUUCGCGUCAAUCUCGACGCGCUACCUGGCGAUGGCUGUUCAAUUAUCUGAUUGCAAGGAUAGUUUCUAUCGUAAAAAAUGGGCAGAAAGUAUGGCUCGAGUGAUCAAGCCACAGGGCUUGCUCGUUUGCUUGGAGUUUCCUAUGUACAAGGACCCAAAGCUGCCAGGUCCACCAUGGGGAUUGAAAGGUGUCCAUUGGAACUUGCUUGCUCGAGGUGGUGACGGGAUAAUCACCCAAGAGGUUGGCGGUGAUGGGAAAGAAAGUGGGAGUUGCGAUGCACGGGGUGGUCACUUCCAAAGGAUCUUGUAUAUCAAGCCCCCGCGCUCGUACGAGGUAGCCAAAGGAACAGACAUGAUCAGUGUGUAUGCUCGAAAAUGA